AGUAUCCCUUUUUGAACAAGUUUGAAACACAACAAAAUUAACAAACUGAAGGGCUGAAUUUACAGAGGAUCAGAGCUUCCAUCUCAUAGACUAAGGAACCCCAACCCAACUCCCAUUACGUCAGCGGAAGUUGCUGCUUCAUUCUCGAGCGACGAUCCACAGUAUGGGAAUUGGGAGGAAUGGGGCGGUCAAAGUCACAUUUCCUUCGAACAGUUGGAAUCAGAAUCCUUUUCAUUUUAUAAUAUGGAGGAGAAAGUCAUCAGCAUUCAGCACCAUAACUUUGGAGGAACUGCUUCCGGUAACCAACGCAAGACCAUUUGAAGGAAGUUUUUUAACUCCCAAGAGCUUUGUAUUAACAAACAAAGAGAUGGCUGCAAAUGAUGUUCCAUGCUGUGAGCCAAGGUUCUGGAUGUAUCUUUUGAUAUGUGUAGGUUUGGUUGCUUUUGCUGGACUUAUGUCAGGCCUUACGCUAGGACUUAUGUCACUCAGCUUGGUUGAUCUUGAGGUUCUUGCCAAAUCUGGCAGGCCGGACGACCGCAAAAAUGCCGCUAAAAUUCUGCCCAUAGUAAAGAACCAGCAUUUGCUUCUUUGCACACUCCUCAUAAGCAAUGCUAUGGCAAUGGAGGCCCUGCCUAUCUUCAUUGAUGCACUUCUCCCAGCUUGGGGUGCAAUUGUGAUAUCAGUCACUCUCAUACUAACUUUUGGAGAGAUUAUUCCUCAAGCUAUAUGUUCAAGGUAUGGACUGAGUGUCGGGGCAAAGCUGUCGGACGUUGUUCGGGUGCUUCUCUUAGUCCUCUUUCCUUUGUCUUACCCCAUCAGUAAGUUAUUAGAUUGGCUUCUGGGCAAGGGGCAUUCUGCUCUUCUAAGAAGGGCAGAGCUCAAGACAUUUGUAGAUAUGCACGGGAACAAGGCAGGUAAAGGUGGAGAAUUGACUCAAGAAGAAACUACAAUAAUCACUGGAGCUUUGGACAUGACGCUCAAAACUGCCCAAGAUGCUAUGACUCCUUUAUCCAAAUUGUUUUCACUUGAUAUAAAUUCCAAACUUGAUGAGAAAACCAUGGAGCUGAUUUUAAGAAAAGGACAUAGUCGAGUGCCGAUAUACUCGGGACAUCCAACUAAUAUCAUUGGUAUUAUCUUGGUUAAAAAUCUGAUCAAAUUUCAUCCACAAGAUGAAACUCCCAUCAGAAAUCUCACCAUCAGAAAAGUUCCAAGGGUACAUGAGAACUUACCUUUGUAUGACAUUUUGAACCAGUUCCAGCAAGGACAUAGUCAUAUGGCUGUUGUCAUAAAGAGUCAUAAGGAAGCCAGAGAGCCUGCAGAUUCAACAAAUGCAGAUUCUAACAGACCAGAGCUCGAAACUGUGAUACCAGCAACUGAGACGGACUUAGGACAUAUUAAGCUGCAGAUAAGGAAUAUUUACACUAAUUGUAGUAGCAAUAAUGAUGGAAAAUCAAUGCCAGAUUUUGAUGAAGAUGUUAUUGGUAUCAUAACACUGGAGGAUGUCAUGGAAGAGCUUUUACAGGAAGAGAUAUUGGAUGAGACUGAUGAAUAUGUUGCUGUUCACAACAAGCUAAAAGUGAAUAUGAAAGUAAGGAGAUCAACAUCAGAAUCACCAAGAGGAGCAGCCCAUCUGCACUGGAUAUCACCAGUGGCAUCCCCACUGUCUUCAUACCAUCAUUCUCCACUUUCUUCUUCAUACAAUCACUCACCAAUUCUUCAUUCUGCAAUUCCUCCACAUAUUCACUGCCCAUUUACUCCACCACCUCUCUCUUCUUCCCCUAGAAAUUACUUGCACUCUUCUCCAACUCCAUGCUCUGCUCAUCUUUGUGCUUCACCUUCUUCUCAUAAGGUUUUUCUCUCUCUAACAUACACGUAAUACU